CCAACUAUCCCUACCUGAUUGAAAAGUAACUAAACGAUCAAAACGAUUUUUCUUGUAGCUUUUUAUGGUCACGUUCAGUGGAUCAAAAUAUGCAAAAAACUCUAUUAACAUAAAAAUUAAACCGGUAUUGCAUAUGAAAACUUUGAAUUCCCUCACAUUGUUCAUUAAAGGAUUUUUAGGUUGAUGAAAUGUCUCGACGACCGAAGCCUGGACUUAAAGUUAUUGUACAGGAAACCCCAGUCGAAGUAAAAGCGCCUGGGAAUUUAGAUUCUCGCACCACAAUUACUAUAGGAGACAAAACGUUCGAUGUGGAGGCCGAUGAUUUGGAGAAAAUAUCCGACUUGGGUAGAGGUGCAUAUGGAGUAGUUGAGAAAAUGCGACAUAUCCCUAGUGGUACCAUUAUGGCUGUUAAGCGUAUAACAGCUACCGUGAACACCCAAGAACAAAAAAGGCUGCUAAUGGAUCUGGAUAUAUCCAUGAGAAGUAGCGACUGUCCAUAUACAGUUCAAUUCUACGGCGCUCUGUUUAGAGAGGGCGAUGUGUGGAUCUGUAUGGAAGUGAUGGACACAAGUUUAGACAAUUUCUACUUGAAAGUCUAUAAAAAUGGACAAAAAAUUCCUGAAUACGUGUUAGGUAAGGUAGCUCUUGCCGUUGUUAGUGCACUUCACUAUCUUUACUCUGAGCUGCACGUAAUUCAUCGAGAUGUCAAGCCAUCCAAUAUUCUAAUAAACCGAGAUGGCGAAGUAAAAAUGUGCGAUUUUGGUAUCAGUGGCUAUUUAGUGGACUCAAUUGCCAAAACUGUGGAUGCCGGCUGUAAACCGUAUAUGGCGCCAGAAAGAAUAGAUCCACAAGGUAAUCCAUCACAGUACGACAUUAGAUCGGAUGUGUGGUCUCUUGGGAUCUCUUUAAUCGAACUAGCCACUGGCAAGUUUCCCUACCCAAAGUGGGGCACACCUUUUGAACAGCUCAAACAAGUUGUGGCUGGCGAACCGCCAAGGUUGCCAUCCGACGGACAAUUUUCGACAGAGUUUGAAGACUUUAUAUCUAAAUGUUUACAAAAGAAGUAUAUUGACAGAUGGAACUAUAGUCAAUUGCUUGAACAUGAAUUCCUAAACAAACAUCGUGACCUGAACACUGAUAUUUCAAGCUUCAUUGGAGAGAUAUUAGACUUGCCGAAUUCAAACCCCUGAGACUCAUGCACGGUAUCUUAGCGCUUAAUUUUCUGGCAAUACUACUAAGCGUUCUGAAUACCUUUUUCAGAAUGAGUUAAACGUUAAAAAUCGUCAAGUGCUAUUUGAUGAAAAUUUUCAAAGUUUUAAGUUUAAGAUCAAAGUACUGCAAAAUAUUCUACUGACUAAAAAACUGCUUUUUGAGAUUAGGACCUGGAAAUGUUUUUAUCAAAGUAUAUUUUUAGAAGGUGAUUGUCACAUGAAAUCCCUAAUGGUUAUUAAUUAAUAUAAUAACCGGAUUUCAGGCGACAUGCCCCAUUUUCCCAUUAAACUCAUCCAUAUUUUUUAGUACUUGUAAAAAGCAGAUAUUUUCAUAAAACUGUAUUAAUCCUAGUCGAUUAUCAUGUGCGAACUAGUCUAGUGCUAUAGAAAAAAAUGUUCCUUUAGAAUCGCUUAAUUUUUAAAUUUAUUUUAAAUUUGGUCACAAACACGAUAACAAGUGUGGUAUGCGUCUUUAUACAAACUCCUAGCUUGUCAAAUAGUAUGAAUUUCGGAUGCAUCCAACAUCCAAUUGUAAUGCCUUUUACUACUAAAUGCAACAGUUCUUAUAAAAAAAACCGCUUGAAUACUCAAAACGGAAAUUAUACUGUAUUGAAAGCUGGCUCAGGUGGGGACCGUAACAUUUAUUAUAUUUCUAAAUGUAGAAUGCUAUGUUGCUGUAAAUUGUAGGUAUGGAAUAAGAAGAUGUUAUGGGAAGUUUUUAUAWAGAACGCAUUUACCAUAAAUAAAAAUACAAUUUUAUGGUCAACCUGUACCUUCUCAGAUCUUCUACAUCACAUUAGCAUUAUACAUUAUUAAUUUAACUUAAUUCCUUAAUUGAACCUUUACUUUUGUCCUGAUUUUAUUAGAAGUUGCCCACGAAUAAACAUCUAUUCUACUAGAUUAUUAUGGCAACCAAAUGUAUUAAUCUAUGGUUGUUCUAUGCUCUUGAUGUUAUCCACUUUGAAUUAUUUAAUUUUUUUUUUAUUUUCGAUAAAACAUUUUUAGUUGUUUUGCGAGAGGUCAGCAUUACUUUUGAUAACCGAAUUGUGUUUUCCUACUUAAAAUAGUAGUAAUUUUAUCGCUCAUGAGAUGGAUUCUGUCCAUUUUGGUUUUAAAACUUUGUAAGCAUUUUAAAUAGAAAUUGUUGAACAAUUUUCAGUUAUUUAUCAAGUUAAGGAGUAAAUAUUUGAAUUUUAAGAAGUAUUAGUUUAGGUUUAGAGAUGUAACUUGAUUUUUAAGUGUUAAUGCAGAUGUGUGAUAAAUUAAAUAAUAAUA